UUGUACUAGUACAACAAAAUUUCUCAUUACAGAGAAGUUGGAGGGGAGAUAAAGAGAGAUAUAUGGCGAAAUUAUGUCCAACGGGGAUGUUCGAUAAGGUGAAGCCCUACUUGCUGAUGGUGAGCUUACAAUUUGGAUCAGCUGGGAUGUACAUAAUAAGCAUGGCGACACUCAACCACGGGAUGAGCCGAUAUGUUCUCAUUGUCUAUCGGAACGCUGUUGCUGCCCUCGUUCUUGCUCCCUUUGCCCUUGUUUUUGAAAGGAAGACAAGGCCAAAGAUGACAUUCUCAAUAUUCUUACAGAUUAUGGCUCUUGGCUUUCUUGAACCAAUCCUGGAUCAGAAUUUUGCAUACUUGGGAAUGACAUACACGUCGGCAUCAUUUACGUCUGCAAUUAUGAAUGCCGUUCCGUCCGUCACUUUUGUCAUGGCCGUUAUUUUCAGGAUAGAGCGAGUGAAUAUCAGACAGAUACGAGGACUGGCCAAAAUUGUGGGGACAGUUGUGACGUUCGCUGGGGCACUUGUGAUGACACUGUACAAAGGGCCGAUCAUCAACAUAAUACGGUCGAGAAAUCAUGCCAGCAGUGGAACGGCGGACGAUCCCUCCGACAAGCACUGGGUCACCGGCACUCUCUUCAUCCUCAUUGGUUGCUGUGCCUGGUCGGCUUUCUAUAUUUUGCAAUCAAUAACGGUAAAGAAGUAUCCGGCAGAGAUGUCGUUGUCGUCCUUGAUAUGUUUGGUGGGAGCAGUGCAAAGUGCGGCAGUAGGCCUCGUGGCAGAGCGCCACCCAUCCGCUUGGGCUGUCGGCUGGGAUACUCGCCUUCUUGCCCCUGUCUAUACCGGAGUAAUUAGCUCGGGAAUUACAUACUAUGUUCAAGGUCUAGUGAUGAAAACAAGAGGGCCGGUGUUCGUGACAGCAUUCAACCCUUUAUGCAUGGUCAUAGUUGCUGCAUUGGGCUCCAUCAUCUUAGCUGAGAAGCUCUAUCUUGGAAGUAUAAUUGGAGGCAUUAUCAUAGCUGUUGGACUCUACUCGGUGGUUUGGGGUAAAAGCAACGACUACAGCAGCCCAAAAGAGGCGUCGACGGCCCUCAAAUCUGACGGCGAAGGCCAAAAGCUGCCGAUAACUGCCGGAGAUGGUGCUAAUGGGGUGAUAAAAAAGUAAAAUUUGCUGAAAGGAUGGCCAAAUUGGACCAACCGUAGCUUAUUAUUCAAGUGCUGUACAUAUACAACUAGAAGGUGAUAUGUUCAGUUCAUAUAUAUAAAUAUGAACUGAAUUUCCUCCGCCAGGCGCUCUUCUUUUCGAGAAUUAAAUUGAAUGGAAACUAUAUAGUUAUGCAUA